AUGUGGCCUUACGGCGAGCCCAAUCCCGAGCAGGUGAACAGGAGUACUCAGACCUCCCCAGGUUUAUCCUCCAGAUGGGGACAAAUUGCUACGGAUAAUAAGGCUUUGCAUGAUGAAAUUGAACGGCUCCAACGGCGAGUCAAAACUGCAGAAAAAAAGGCAGAGUUCUUUCAACGGGAGCGGCUUCUUGUAGAGGAGCAGGCUCGUCAGCGAGGCGAGUUGCUCGAAAAUGCUGUUCAAGAAUCGAAAGUUGCCAGAAAAGAGAACCGAAUCCUCAUGGCCAAAAUUGCAAGCUUGCAAGCUGGGGUUGAGACCUUCUCUGAUGAACAAGUUAAGCAAGAGAUGUGUCUACUUUACCACGAUCUUGAACAUUGGCGGUUUACUCAUUUCGUAGCAAUGCCAAAACUUCAACAAAGGAACGAUCCCACGCCAAGUUCAGACGGACUUGAUAUCUCGACAUUGGAUAUCAUCCAAGCUCACAUUGCCGGGCUGAUUUAUCGGUCGUUUUGGAACAGAUUUAUGUUUGGCUCCAACCAAUCUUUGUGUAAUUAUCUCCGCAAGGCCGACUCCGAAAUAAAUAAAAAGUUUUCCAACCACAUUUCCCGGCACUGGAGAUGUGCGAUGAGCUCUGCUGUGCUAUCGAUGGAGACCCCUAAUUUGGAAGGACAGUGCAAUUGGAUCAUCGAGAAGGUAGAAUCCUGCUUCGGUCGCUAUGCUGUCACCGAGAGACCGAAACGAAUGCAACAGCUCCACAACAUUAUUGCGCGCUGUAUCAAGUUCAAACAUAAAUUGGAUUGCCAGGAAGAUAGAUAUAUCUUCUGGGGCAGCUACCAAUAUGGAUUGCCGUUCCGGGAUGAUAAAAUGCGUACCUUGACAGAGGAGGAUACGUCGGAUGGACACGUUCAUACUAGCCUGUGGCCGGGUCUAUAUAAGAUUAUCCAAACUGGCGAAUGGUCGACAGUCGAAAAAGAGACUGUGAAAAAGAUUGCUCCAGAGACCUCUUCUGUUGAAAUGAUCGACGAGAUGGAAUCCCAUGAAGGCGUCCCAGAAUUGGAUGAGAUUUAG